AUGCGCCGUGCUGCUCUUGGGGGCUCCGCCUCCCCCGACGGCCAGCGGAGGCUUUGCAAGCCGCUGCAGCCCGGCUUGCAAACGGCGGCGGGACAGGAAGGGGUUGGGCCUACCCGGACGGGCCGCCGAUCUGGGCCCGGAGCAGCUGCUGGCGCCGAUCCGAGCAACUGUAGGCUGGAUCCUAGCUGGCGCUCGGAGCGCGACCCGAGUGGAAACUGCCGCAGCCCGGGAUCGGCUCGGAGCGCCGCUGCGAUUGGCUCGGGACCAUCCGGACGCUCCAGGUUAGAGAUGAUGACAGAGGAAGAGAACCUGAUAAAAGAGGAGCAGAUCUCCCAGGAGGAAGAAGUGGAGAAUUUGGUGCAAGUGGUGACGAUUCACCCAGAGGAAGGUCCUGAACAAGCCGAAGAGUCCCCGCCAGAAGAAUAUGAAAUAAAUGUUUUCCAGAUUGGGGGGGACAUGGAGCCCUCUGACAGUGAACUGGCUCCAAACAGCCAGCAAGAUUACAUCCCAAAGAAGAGACGGUGCAGGGCGGUGUCACGUGCGGGAACCGCUGUGGAAUCCAGCAAAACCGCAGUUCAGAAUAAAGCCCCAAAGGUCGGAAGGAUCUACAAGUGCCCUGAUUGUGGAAAGAUUUUCAAACGGUGCUCGCCUCUUAUCAGACACCGAAGAACCCACACUGGGGAGAAACCUUACGUAUGCCGGGAGUGUUUGAAACGCUUCAGUGACAGCUCAGCCCUUGUUAAACACCAAAGAAUCCAUGCAGGAGAGAAACCUUAUACCUGUCCUGAGUGUGGGAAGAGCUUUUCCCAGAGCUCAACCCUUAUCGCACAUCAAAGAAUACACACUGGAGAGAAACCUUACAAGUGCCCUGACUGUGGGAAAAGCUUCAGUGUGAGCUCCAACCUUGUUGCUCAUCAAAGAAUCCACACAGGGGAGAAGCCCUUUGGCUGUCCUGUCUGUUUGAAAGGCUUUCUUGUCAGCUCUCAUCUUAUCAGACACUUGAGAAUCCACACAGCAGAGAAACCUUAUAUUUGCCGAGAAUGUGGGGAAUGCUUUACUCAGAGCUCCCACCUUGUUGUACAUAAGAGAAUCCACACUGGAGAAAAACCUUACUUGUGUUCAGAGUGUGGGAAGAACUACCGCGGGAUCUCUGACUUGAUCCAGCAUCAGAGAAUCCAUACAGGAGAGAAGCCCUACAAAUGCUCUGAGUGUGGGAAAUGCUUCAGCCAGAGUUCCUGUCUUAAGAAGCACCAGAGAAUCCACACAGGAGAGAAGCCCUAUGCAUGCGUUGAAUGUGGGAAGAGGUUCAAUCGGAAUUCACAUUUGACUAGGCAUCAGAAAACCCACAUGGGGUAACUCCAAAGAAUAAUUUUGUGUCGGGACUGGAAGCUCAUCUCCAAAAUUCCAACUGCUAUUAGAACUGAAACCAGUUUCCUCAAAUAGUAAGCCAUUCCCUCCUCCUCCAAAGAGUCCCACCAUCUCACACCUUGACUGAGACUGGAGAUGUUGCCGUACAGUUUUA